GAGGGGUUGAGGAUGAGGAUGGAGGGCGGGGAGGAGAUGCAGGGUGCCGUGGGGCUACGCUGCACCUGGGACACCCCACCAUCCGCUGGCACCCAGGCCAAGUGGGUGAGGCUCAACGUGGGGGGCACCGUCUUCCUCACCACCAGGCAGACCCUGUGCCGGGAGCAGAAAUCUUUCCUGUGUCGCUUGUGCCAGGGCGAGGAGCUGCAGUCGGACCGGGAUGAGACUGGUGCAUACCUAAUAGACCGGGACCCCACUUACUUUGGACCCAUCCUGAAUUUCCUCCGUCAUGGGAAGCUGGUGCUGGAUAAAGAUAUGGCUGAAGAGGGGGUCCUGGAAGAAGCCGAGUUCUAUAACAUUGGUCCUUUAAUCCGAAUAAUCAAGGAUCGACUGGAGGAGAAGGACUACCCAGUAACUCAGGUGCCUCCUAAGCAUGUCUACCGCGUGCUACAGUGCCAGGAAGAAGAGCUCACUCAGAUGGUUUCCACUAUGUCGGAUGGAUGGCGCUUUGAGCAGCUUGUAAACAUUGGCUCAUCCUAUAACUAUGGGAAUGAGGAUCAGACAGAGUUCCUGUGCGUGGUCUCUAAAGAGUUGUACAACUCCCCCAAUGGCCUGAGCUGUGAGGCCAGCCACAAAGCCAAGAGCACAGAGGAGGACCUGGAGGAGGAAGAGCAGGAGGUGGAGGAGGAGGCAGAGGCAGAAGCAGAAGCAGAGGAGAAAGGUGCAGCAAAUCCUUGAGGAAAAUGAUAAAAAUAACCCCCCAAGCAUAGACCCGUCCACCUUUCUGGUGUGCUUUUACCCACCAAGCAGGCCCUACGGCUCCGGACCAGAGGCUCUGGCAGCAGAAAAGAGAGAGUGCAACUGGGAGAAACGAAGAGGGGUGGAAAUGAAUGCAAAACAGGCAGGGGUAGCAAGGGGAAGGGGGGGAAGUCUGCCAUGUGUCUGCCUGACACGCAAGCCAGAUCGGUCCUCCCGGCUGCCACCCGCAGCUCCUUUGCCUGCCAGCCCAAGAGCACUUUGCAGAAAGCAGCUUGUCUUCCCCUCCCUGCUCUCGCUUCCCUGGACUUUUCCCCCCACCGCCCCUGCCAGGGUGAGAGUGCCGCGGGGAGAGGGUGGCAAAGGCAGAGUGGAAGUGGCUGGUCCCUGCUCCAGAUGUUCUUGCAGCUGCGUGCGAAAUGAGCCUCUGUGCUGUGUCUGCUGCUCAGGGAGGCUGCCUGGCCAGCGUGCGUGGGGCUGGGUACAGAAAGCUUUGGAAGGAGGAUUCCUCUCUCAUACUGGAAAACUGCAGGGCUCUUGUUAAACCAGAGCUGCUCAGUGCCACUCCCCGUCCUGGUGGAGGGCACUUGUUAACUGGCUGACAUUUCUCUCUCCCUCUGUUCAAGAGCCUCCUUGUCUGUGGCUGUGGGACCUGAGUGUUAUUUUCUUAAAAGUCAGUGCAUGUUAAUCACGUGGACUUUUCCUUCCUUUUUCUCUCUUCUCCCAUGCUCAGUCCUCUACUUCUUUCUUUUCCUUCUGUUCUCAUUUCUGCUGUCAUUUCCAUUUUCCUGUUUCUUACCUUCCCUUCCAUUCAAAAUUUCUUUUUUUCCUGCCAUUUAUUUUGUUUCUCUCUUUCUCUCUCCUUCUGUAGCUGUUACAAGCCAGAGGUCUGAGGAUGUGAUCCCAACACUCCACUCCAGCCUUUUAAUUUCUGGUUUAUAUCUUUAUUUUUGUACUGCAGUGUACGGCAGCCCCUUGUCCCACAGCGACACUCCCCGGCCCCCUUCACUCUUCACACGCAGCCGUUGUUUUUUACAAACUCACCUCGGAGGCCUGAGCCUCAGCCCUGGAGGAGGGCAGAUGCUCCAAGGAGCUGCAGGAGCUGGAGCCCACAGACUCCUGCCAUGCCAAGCAGGCUGGCUUUCCUUAAUGUCACAGUGGCCCCUGCUGGGGACAUCAGUGAUCAGCCACUGCAGCCUGCGGUCCCUUCUUGAACACCCUGGAUGCGACUGGGGCCCAGAGGUGGUGGCAGCUGCUGUAGGGCCAGUGCUUGCCCUUUUUGAUGUUGGAGGCAACUGGUCUGGGCUUGUGGCCGGAGGGCAAAUGCAAAGCCACUGCCCUUUGCUGGGCCACCUGCACUGCUCGCGGGGUGUGCCUGUGCUGGCUGUCGUGCUCGUUGGUGCCUCCCUCCCUGUACCCCAAAGCAGCUCUGUGUUGGCAGAGUGAGGAGGAGGCAGGCGUGCUGCCCCGGUACCGGGAACACGCUGGCACCCGAUGCCGUGUCUGCUAGCGUGAGGAGAUCCCUGCCUCAGGGAGCGGGGCAUUUGCUUCGCUGCUGUGCCUGAGGAUGCCAGGUUGUAACUCCUGAAUAAAAUUCACAGUCUGUUCCUC